UAAACUUUUUUUUGGACGUUGAUUUUGUUUUAUUUUGGUAAAGGUUUUCUUCUAAUCACGCAGCGCUCCUCGCACGAACACCGCUCAGCGCCUCUUCACUAACCGCGCUCAGACCUGUGCGUGUCCUCCUCCAGCAGCGUUUUGUUUCAGAACCGGUGCUCGAGGGGGUGUAAGCAUGUCAAGCUCCAGCCCCACACCUCCCUCCGAGGAGGUCGUGGGACCCGCCGGGUGUUUCCCCCCGGGAUACAAGCCGUUCGACCCCGUGGAGCACGGCCUGGAUCGCGGGUUCCGUCUCACAUCCUUCUCGGACAUGAAGGGAUGAGGAUGCAAGGUCCCGCAGGAGGCUCUGCUCAAACUCCUGUCGGGACUGGAGCCGGACCGAGCCACCGACGGGACGGGGAAAGCCGAGGACCAAGCUUCGGAGUUCGUUGAACAGUUGUCCGGCCCGCGGCUCGGUAUCGGUUUGGACAGCUGUGURAUCCCCUUAAGACAUGGAGGGCUGUCUCUGGUUCAAACCACUGAUUUCUUUUACCCUCUGGUUGAAGAUCCGUACAUGAUGGGGAGGAUAGCGUGUUGCAACGUCCUCAGCGAUCUGUACGCCAUGGGCAUCACGGAGUGCGACAACAUGUUGAUGCUGCUGAGCGUCAGCCAGAAGAUGAACGAGAAGGAUCGAGAGCGAGCGAUGCCGCUGAUGAUCCGAGGGUUCCGUGACGCCGCAGAGGAAGGAGGGACGUCGGUGACCGGCGGUCAGACGGUCGUCAACCCCUGGAUCAUCAUCGGGGGCGUGGCGUCCGUCGUCUGCCAGCCCAACGAGUUCAUCAUGCCCGACGGGGCGGUGCCGGGAGACGUCCUGGUUCUGACCAAACCUCUGGGGACUCAGGUGGCCGUGAACGCUCACCAGUGGCUCGAACAGCCUGAAAAGUGGAACAAGAUCAAGCUGGUUGUCACCAAAGAGGAAGUCAAAGAGGCGUAUCACGAAGCCAUGUUCUCCAUGGCCACGCUAAACCGAACAGCGGCACGCCUGAUGCACAAGUAUCAGGCUCACGCCGCCACGGACGUGACAGGCUUCGGUCUGCUGGGACACGCCAACAACCUGGCAUCGCAGCAGAAACACGAGGUGGCCUUCGUCAUCCACAACCUGCCGAUCAUCGCCAAGAUGAGCGCCAUCAGCAAAGCCGGAGGGAACCUGUUCAGCCUGCUGCAGGGCCGAUCGGCCGAGACCUCCGGUGGACUGCUGGUGUGUCUGCCCAGGGAGCAGGCGGCCAAGUUUUGCUCUGAGAUGAAGAGUCACAACUCGGCGGCGGGCAACGCCUCCAACGGCGCAUGGAUCAUCGGAAUCGUAGAGAAAGGUGAUCGCCGCGCCCGCAUCAUCGACAAGCCUCGCAUCAUCGAGGUGCCGCCGCGAGGAAGCCAGGCGUCCAAUCAGGAAAACAGCUCCGCCAACCCGGACCUGAGCGCCAAUCUGUCGUAGUCCGACGCCGCGCCGACGACUUUCGCCUUUAAUUUCCGACCAAAAUUACUAUUAACUUUUGACACACCUUUGAUAUCAUGAAUUCAGGGUUCAUUCGCACCUUGUUCUUAGCUUUUUUUUGUUUUGUUUUUUAAUCUAUUUAAUUAUUUUGAAACGUUUUGAUGAAAUGUUGAGUGAUGAGGCGUCGCGGCGCCUGCCUCUGCCCUCGUCUCAUUGGAAGGCUUGAGCAGCUUCCUCUGAGCGGCCGGGCAGCGUUCAGCCGUUUGGCCGUCCAGCGCGGAGCCCCGCCCACUUCUCCUUUUAUGAAGCUCUGCGUAUGAAACCCCGAGCCGGGGCCAGGUAGAGCCGAUGUUUGUCCGGGGAUUAGUGGUCGGGCUGACAGCACUGGAGGCUUUGAAGCUGCCUGUUUUAGAUUGUCUUGCUUUUCACAAUCAAUAAAACCAUCAACUCAGA